AUGUGCAGUUAUCCUUACGUCUGUGAAACCGUUAUAUUACCACUACUACUCUUCUUGCUCUUGUGUUUCUUGUUUCUUUUUAAUGUUUUUUUUUCCUCUUUCACUUCACUUCACUUGCAUGGCACUGCAGCGAACAUUAGACUUUUUUUUUGUUUUCUUCCCUUGUUGGCGUUUUUGGCGUUGCUGUUUUCUUUUCUUUUUUUGAGGGGGGUGGGGGUAUUAUUAUUGUUAUUAUUAUUACUAUCAUUAUUUAUUCACUGCUAUUUGCGUUUCUCCCGGUCAGACCGAUUGAGAUGCUCAUAUAUCUUCCUUUUGAUUGUUUUCAUUUCCUUUUUGUUGAUGAUGAUGAUGAUGAUGUUUUUGAUUUGUUUUGUUUUGUUUUGUUUUGUUUUGUGCCCACCAGCACCUCACUGUCAGUUGUUCACACUUUUCCGCUACCUUUUUUUUUUUGCCGUGCAGGUCUCCAAUAAUAUAAAGAAAUAUAUACGUUUGUACUGA